CGGGCCGUACCGGAGAACACCGCGCAGAGAGGCUCUGCAUUGACGUCACAAUGACACGGUGAGGCUGAAGGCAGGAGAAGGGAACAGUUCUGCUUCACUUUGGAUAAUUGAGUGAGUUUGCCUCUGCUGCUCUUCCUGCCAGCAUGGCCAAGAGUGCAGAAGUGAAGCUGGCGAUUUUCGGUCGAGCUGGCGUGGGCAAGUCAGCUCUGGUGGUUCGUUUCCUGACCAAGAGGUUCAUCUGGGAGUACGACCCCACGCUGGAGUCGACAUACCGUCACCAGGCUACCAUUGAUGAUGAAGUGGUUUCCAUGGAGAUACUAGACACAGCUGGCCAGGAGGAUGCCAUCCAGAAGGAAGGACACGUGCGAUGGGGCGAGGGCUUCGUGCUGGUGUACGACAUCACGGACAGAGGCAGCUUCGAGGAAAUGCUGCCGCUUAAGAACUUGUUGGACGAAGUCAAAAAGCCCAAAAACGUCACCCUGAUCCUGGUGGGGAACAAAGCAGACCUGGAUCACUCCAGGCAGGUCAGCACAGAGGAAGGGGAAAAGCUGGCCACGGAACUGGCAUGUGCUUUCUACGAGUGCUCGGCUUGCACGGGCGAGGGGAACAUCAUGGAGGCGUUCUACGAGCUGUGCCGCGAGGUGCGGCGCCGCAAGAUGGUCCAGGGCAAGACUCGGAGGAGAAGCUCCACCACCCACGUCAAGCAGGCCAUUAAUAAGAUGCUUACCAAAAUCAGCAGCUAAAAAAGGAGCUGUCCUGAGGAGGAGAAGCGUUUCAGAGCGUUUCAGCUUGGAGUAGGGACGGGGCAAGCAGAGCGCGUUUAAUGAGAAAUGGUCAAACCUUUGCAACGAGAUGAAAAACCAAAAAGACAAACACCACCACUUCUUUGAGUGACACGGAAUCAUACUGUUUUCCUGUUUUGAACUGUAUUUAGCCACACUGCUUCUGACUAAUGUGGGGAAAAAAAUACACCAAGGAAAAACAAACAAACACACCAAAUGAACUCCAAAGGACUAGACAAUUGUGGGGAUUGGCAACCAAGAGAGAAUCUUCUGCUUCUACGUGGCUAGCUCCAAUCCCCUGCAAGUCAGUAGUGCCUAAACAGCAUUUCCAGCCAGACAGCUGCUCAGUAGCCAUUGGAGAGCAAGAUUCAGCCCUCAGUCCAUCAACAACCAUCACAACUGCUGUUCUCCAGGACUGAAUAUGUGUAGAGGCUGCUGUGUUGAAUCAGAAAGCUCACCUGACACCUUCACCAGCUCUAAGUUGGCUCAUUGUAUGCUUUCACUCCUUCCUUGUUAUUUUUGUCAAAUCCAUAAGUGUUGAUGUUCUUAGUAAGGUAUGCAAAAAAUAUAGGAAAGGUCUGUUUCCUGGAGUGUUUAGCCAGCUAGACACACAUUUCAAGAGAGAUGAAGUUCAGCUGCUCUUCCAGCUCCUCUGAAACUGGAGAAUCCUCCAGAAAUAAUCUAGUCCAGUGGCAUUUCAGCAUUUCCUCCUGAAAACCUAGUACUGUGCUUGGGGAAAUAGGAGUAUGUGCUGGGAGUUCAAACUGAAAAAAAAAGAAAGUAACCAUAUUACUAUUGAUUGAGCUAUGGGUAGUUUUUAGCUUUUUUUUUUUUUUUAGUUCAUUUUUCCUUUUUGCUUUUUUUCAAUUCAAGUAGUUCCUCUUAGUCUAUUUUAUACCUAAGAAGAACUGAACCCCUGGGAAGGCAUGUAUUUAAAGUCUAAGCCCAAAUGUAAAUCAGCUCUGAAUGGCCCCUACCAUAUCAAAAGACCAUAAUUUUCAGCUGUUUAAGCUUCCAGAUGCUGCUUGAAGCACUCUGGGGCUUAAAGCAGUGCAGGUUUUUUGUGACUUUUAUCUGUCACACUGAAGCAGAAAUGCAUUUUACCAGAUUUUGGUGCCUGGGAUAAAACACCUUUUUUCCUUCUCCCUCAUCAUCUCAUUUAAGCCAGCUUCCAAGUUUUACCUCCUGUCUAGUUGGUUUGUUAACUGCUAAAAGAUGCAAGAAUAAAGACUGGGAGGUUUUCAUUCAGAUUUGCUGGUCUCCCAGCAGUGGUGUAGCAUCCCUUCAGGCAGCUCAGGCUGUCAACAGGCAGAACCACAGCCAAGGGUUGGGAUGACAAAUGAGCAACAUUCUCCUCUGAGCAGCAGCCCCCUUGUAGCAACUGCUUACAACUUGAUUCUCCACUGCUUUGUAUUGCAUGUGGUUGGUUGUGAGGAACUCCAAAAGGCUAUCAAAUGCUAAUUGCCACACAUGUAGGAAAGUGAGUAAAUCCAACUGGCUAGCACUUUGUAGAGUUAUACAUAGCCAUGUAGGUGGUGGAACAGGCUGAAGAGGCAGAUCUUUAUAUCCCAGUGAACAGAGAAAAGUUCCAAAUUAGCACUUCUAUUAAAAGUAUUCACUUAGAGAUAUUUUACCAAAGUAAUUUUUUUUUUUUUAAACUUUCACUUUUACCCAACCAGACAAGAACAUCACAUUCAGAUGUGUAUUUGGGCUGUUUGCUUUCUCUGCUUCUGUAUUCUAGGUGGUAAAAACUCGUUUCACUGUCCUGGAAUCAAAGUCUAUAUUUUGGUCCUCACAUGUGUUCACAUGUGUUUGUGUACAUCAGCUGGACACACUGCAAUGGAAACUUCACUGUGUGCUCCUGGGCAGGGGAUUCUUCCAACAGGCCUCUGUGACACACUUGUUCCCAAACUACUCAUCACAUCGUUAACUUUAAAAAAAAAAAAAAAAAAAGAAAAAAAAGAAAAAUAGAGGUUUUGCCAUUUUUAGUCCUAUUAGUAAUGUAGAAUCAAUCCAAGUGCAGAAGAGCAAGCUACUGCCUGUUCACAAACCAGAAUUCUUUAGCUGAGGGGCUGAACUUGCAAGCAAUUUAGUUACAUCAGGAGCCAGAGUGAGCAUUUGCAAGUUGAAGCACUAAGGUUCUGUUAUCUUUCAAAUCAGUGCUGGUGCACGUCUCUGAAGUAAACAAAAUCCUUACCUGCAAUCCCAUGGCAACGUGGCCAAGCCUUGACUUUGGUAUGCUAAGCAAUUGAUUCAUCCCUCUUAGGAAACUUCAACAGUUCUUUUAUCUGGAAAAAAAACCUUUCUUGGGGUUCAGGUUGGAGCU